AGAGUCUAUCGUGUCUAAUUUACCGCCACGUACUGCUUCCAUGAUGAAUUUGUUGUAAGCGUGAAUUCGUAUGAAAAGAGUAUUUAUAUUCACCAUGCCAACUUGUUGCGCUGCAUAUCGCUGCACUAAUAAAAGCGAUAAGGACUACGAAGUAUUUAAUUUUCCAUUGAAUGCAGAUCUUUGCAAACAAUGGAUAGCCGUUCUUGGAAGGAGUUCCGAUUGACAACCCACAGUUUUGCAAAGAAUUUGAGAUAAGUAAAUAGGAAUUGAUCUCCAUUAAUUAUUCCCAAUAAAAGGAAAUAAAGUUUUCGACAGCUAGUUUCUAAUCUCCAUAUUUAUCCUAAUUCUCAGUUCUGUUCUUAGUUCUAAUAUUUUUCUAUAUUUCAGGUACAUUUUGAUUUAAAGAAUAUGAUGUUUAUCGCUGGACGGAAACAAUUGUCUAAAAAUGCCAUACCACGUCAUUUCUGUACGUGUCCAUAUGAGGAGGCAAACAGAAGAAAUCAGAACUCUAUGAAGCAACGUGAAGACCACGUAUAUCAUUUACAAAGUCCAGAAAAAAAAUUCAAAGAAGUUCAAGUUCAUAAAGAUUCUGCUGAUCGUUUUGAUUCCUCUGAUCUUAUAAGCUUAAGUGUGUUGCCUGUCGUUUGCGGGAUGGACAGUCAGGUAUGCGGAGAUGGCAGACUGAUAGAUGUAAUUGAUGAAGGCUGGCGCAAAGAACGUUUACCCAUCGACGACAUCUCGACACCAGUUGCCGAGCUGCCAGAUCCUGAGAGUGACAACGGCGAUUCUCACAUGACAUUGAAGGAAUUGGAACAGAAGUGGAAUAAUCUGGCUUUAAGUUCUCUUAGUGAUAAUCAUCUGCAUUCUCCAACACCACUACAUAACUAAACGCUGUUUCUAUCAUUUUUGCCAAGUAUUUUCAAUUUAUUGAUAGACAAAUUCAAUUAUAAUUUUAAUACUUUUGUUGCAUACUUUUGUAUUGCAUUACAAUGGAAUUUCCGGAGACUGGCAAACACUGUUCAGUAAAGGACUGCAAAUUGUUAGACUUCUUGCCAUUUGUAUGCGAACAUUGUCAAGUCACUUUCUGUAAAGAACACUUCAAUAUGAUAUCACACGAAUGUAUAAAAACAGAGAAUACAAAAAA